AUGACAGCUUUAGAGGCGAAGAAGAAAACACGAGGCCCUCGAGCCACAGCAGCACAACAUGCCGCACUUCUUUCUUUCCUGGAAAAUGAAAAAGGUUUGGCUGAAGGCAAAUUUGCUGCCUUGCAUGGUAAGGAAAUGGCAAGGAAGAAAUGGGAAGAUUUGGCCAAUGAAAUAAACAAAAUUCCAGGUGCAUUUAAAAGUGCUGACCAAUGGCAAAUUGUUUGGAGGGACAUGAAAUCAAAAGCUUCCUCAAAAUUUAAAAUUUUAAAAAGAGAGAGAGCAAAGACUGGAAAUAAACCCCUAUCAGAAGAUUUCCUUUCACCCUUGGAAGAGAGAAUAGUAGGGAUUGUCGGUUGGGAAUACAUGAUGGGGAAUGAAAGUGUUCCAGACAGUUUUGAUACCACUGUGUUAAAUGAAGAAAUCACGAUCACUGGACAAGAGGAAAAUUUUACAGAAACAGUAGAAUUUGAAUGUGAAGCAAGUAUUUCAGAAGUUCCCACUACAUCGAACUGCGGAAACGGAAAUAAAAGUGAAAUACCAAAAAAGCGCCAAAAAAGGGAGUGUUCUAUUAAAGAAGAGUUUUUACAAAUUGCAAAAACUCAGGCUGAUGCAAUGAUGAAUUUAGCAAAUGCGCAAAAAGAAACGGCAAAAGCUUUAAAUAAAAUAUCGGAUAGUUUCGUCGUUCUAAACGAGAUUUUGGCCUCUUAUAAGAGAAUGGAAAUUGUACUUUCAAAUAUAGAAGAAAGCGUCAAAUUAAAUAACUUUGUUUUUAAACCUUAA